GCGAAGGGUUCCGUGUGGAAAGUUUGCCGGCUCGGGUGCAAAGUUUCAGCCGUCUGCAAAGUGGAGCUGGGCGGGCGACGUGCGGUCAUUUUCCCGAGCGCCGCCAGCUUUUGUCUCGACGCUUUUGUCGUCUUUUUCCCCGCCAGCGCAGUCCGUCUUUUUUCUCUGCCGACUUCCGUUCUCGUUUAACCGUAGCGAGCAAAAAAAAAGGCGCGAGUUGUCUCCGGUUAGCUCGGCGCUAGUCGGUUGAAGCUAGCCGGCUAAGUGCGAGCUGGUCUCCCGCCUCCACAACUUCCACAAAAUGGCCUGCGAGCCCAACCGCGCGCGGCUGCUGUGCAUGUUGUCGCUGACCUUCGCCUUCUUCAUCGUGGAGGUGGUGGUCAGCCGCCUGACCUCCUCCCUCUCCAUGCUCUCCGACUCCUUCCAUAUGCUGUCCGACGUCAUCGCGCUGGUGGUGGCCCUGGUGGCGGUGCGGUUCGCCGAGAAGACGCAAGCCACCGACAAGAACACCUUCGGCUGGAUCCGGGCGGAGGUCAUGGGGGCGCUGGUCAACGCCGUCUUCCUCACGGCUCUCUGCUUCACCAUCGUCCUGGAGGCCGUCGAGCGCUUCACCACGGCCCACGAGAUCGAGAGACCGCAGGUGCUGGCCGGCGUGGGAUUUGUCGGGCUGCUGGUCAACCUGCUCGGGCUCUGCCUCUUCCACGGACACGCCGGCGGGGGACACGGACACUCGCACGGGGGUAAGAAGGCGAAGGCUGGGAAGUCUCACCGCGCUGACAAUGGAACUUCUGGGGAGACCAACAACCUUGUGGGCAACCACAACAGCUCCGGGGAUGCAUCUCAAGCAACCGACACGGGCUGCAAAGACAACACGGAGGUCCGGCUGAACGGCGACACGGCGUACGAGGAGUUGGACAAGGACUUCUCCUCGCAGCUCAACAUGCGCGGAGUCUUCCUCCACGUCCUGGGCGACGCGCUGGGCUCCGUCAUCGUGGUGGUCAACGCCCUGAUCUUCAUCUUCGUGUGGCAGCCGUGCGAGAAAGACCAGGUCUGCGUCAACAAGUGCGUGCCGAGCCACGCCGCCGAGCACCACGUCAACCACACGCUGCUGGACCUGCCGGAGGGCCCCCUGCCGCCCGGCACCAAGAUGGCGGGCCCCUGCUGGGUGCUGUACCUGGACCCCACGCUGUGCCUGAUCAUGGUGUGCAUCCUCCUCUACACCACCUACCCGCUGCUGAAGGAGUCGGCGCUCAUCCUGCUGCAGACGGUGCCCAAGCAGAUCAACAUCCACCGCCUCAACGAGCGCCUGCUGGGCCUGGACGGCGUGCUGGCCAUCCACGAGCUGCACGUCUGGCAGCUGGCGGGCAGCCGCAUCAUCGCCACGGCGCACAUCAAGUGCCACGACCCCACCUCCUACAUGGAGGUGGCCAAGCGCAUCAAGGACUUCUUCCACAACGAGGGCAUCCACGCCACCACCAUCCAGCCCGAGUUCGUCACCUUCACCUCCGAGUCCCAGGACUCUCUGUGCGAGCUCUCCUGCAGGACUCAGUGCGCCCCCAAGCAGUGCUGCGGCGCCGCCGACAAGCAGAACCCGCCGUCCGACAGGAAGGCCGGCGGCGACAUCCGCCUGACCUUCUCCUCGGAGGCCGGGGACGCCCAGGAGCAGGCCGCCGAUCCCCUCAUGCAGCCGGCGCUGGGCGUGGCCAGGGAGGUGGAGUCGUCCCUGUGAAGGCGCGCCGGGGCUCCGCCUCCUCAUCCCGUCGUCAAGUCACUUCAUGCAUUCUGCUCUCUUUUAGGUGGCAUGUUGUCAUGGUGAUGCUGUGCCAAAGCUUCUCGCAUCAGGACCGCCCAUCACACAUGCAAGUUA